GGCGUAUCAAACAGGUGAGGGAUAGAAUAGAUGUGGCUUUGCUGGGCUUUGCUUCGAGCUCUCUCACAAGAAACGCGAAUUGAGAUGAUCACGCAGUCGCCGGCCCAUGUGUGUUUUUAUCUGAUCUGCUUAUCUCCGCAAGAUGUCCGAUUUUGGUGCUCACAAUCCGCUUUGGAGUAACCGGCUAGUGAAAUGAAGGCAAUAUGCAGGAUGUGUUUAAGGAACACAGAAAAAUCCUUGUCGAUUGAUCUCAUCGGACCGCAGAAUUUCCAGCAAUGGGCGCACAAGUUUCUAGGACUGGAGAUCAACUUUGUCCACGGAUUUUCAACCUGUAUCUGCACGCCAUGCUUCCUCGCCUUCCAAACAUGGGCUGACCUCUUGAAAGUGCAUGCAUCAAAAAUCGACAUUUCCGAGCUUGCUGACUAUCAGCCAUGGUGGACGGAAGUUGAUAAAACAAAGAUUAUGAACGCAACUUCCGCUUGGGACUCUUCAAAAAAACAAAGAAUCAAAACCGAGGAUCCCGAGAGUCCCGCGCCAGUCUGCAUCAGACUUGAUGAUGAAGUUACUGAUUCAGAAAAUGAAUCAGAGAACGAUUGCUUUGUGGCACUUGAGAAAUUGGGAGAUCAGUUCAUUGAAGAUUGCAUCCAUGGCCGAGUCAAGUUUGGCGAUGACAGUGAAGAGGAAGAGCCCCCCACCAUGGAGAAAUAUUUUGCUUGCGUGAAAUGCUAUCUGGAGUUCAGCAGCAGCAGCAGUUUAAAGCUGCACAUGGAGCGGAUGCACCCUGGCCAGCAAACCUGCCCCAACUGUCACAUGAGCUUCAACUGGCGUCGCAGCCUCACCAAGCACAUCGCAGACAAGGCCUGUCUGGCCAAGAGAAGAGGGAAUCAGAGGGUCUACUGCUGCUCCUACUGUGCCAACUCAUUUGAGAGCCACACGCACCUCUCUGAGCAUAUGAGCUACAGCCAUCGCCAUUCUCUGGGCAAAAAGGCAUACCCCUGUCAGCAGUGCUGGUUUGUUUACUUUACCAAGAGCCAAUUGUUUGACCACUACAAGUACAACCACGGUUGUGCGUGCUCUUUGUGCAAUGCUGAGUUUUCCAGCAAGUUUGAACUUGUAACGCACAUGGCUGACGAGCAUCCAGAUUUCAGAUUCGUAAAGUUCUACGAGAAGCUUGAUAGCAAAAGUGUUGUAUGCAUUUUCUGCACCAAGAAGUUUGGCUAUGUAGAGGACGUGGCGACCCACAUUCUGAAAUUCCACAAGGAGUGGAAUCGGUUGUUGCUUAAACCGAUUGAUUCAAUGGUUCCUAUAGAGGAUGAGGAGGAAGAGGACGAUGAUGAUGAUGAGGACGAGCAAAUAGAUUUGGUUGAUUUGGCAGAUGACAAUGAAGAAGGAGAAGAGCAGCAGCUAGAUGAAGAGCUGGAACUAGAUGAAGAGCUGCCGCUAGAUGAAGAGCUGUCGCUAGAUGAAGAGCUGGAACUAGAGGAAGAGCUGCAGCAAGAUGAAGAGCUGGAACUAGAGGAAGAGCUGCAGCAAGAUGAAGAUCUGCAACUAGAUAAAGAGCCGCAGUUUGAUGAAGAGCUGCAGAAAGAUGAAGAGAUGCAGAAAGAUGAAGAGCUGCAGCAAGAAGAAGAGCUGCAGCAAGAAGAAUCAGAAGUAGAAGAAAGAGAAGAAGAGCAAGAAAAAGAAGUGGUACAGCAACAGCAGCUGCACCAAGACGAGGCAGAAGAAGAAGACGCAGAAUAUGCUAAUGAUAACGAGUUGAUUGAUAAUGAGUUGUCAGACAUUGGAUCACCCAUGACAGAAGAAAUGGAAGCUGAAUUGCUAAGCCCAGAGGAAACCCGUGUUGAAAAGAUCACAGUUUCUGAGUCAAGAACGCAUGGCAGCGCAGGGACACAUAAAAACCUGUACUUCCACGGGACGCUCUUGUCUUGCGGCCAGUGCGAUGAUAAGGCCCACGACCUGCCAGGGCUGGUGCAACACAUAAAAAAAGCGCACUUUUACCUUCUGCCCUUCCAAUGUGAACACUGCGACUGGGGAGACUUUUGUCUCAGCAGUUUGAAAAAACACAUACUGCACUGCUCAAAGACCCCAGAGAACAAGAAGCUGGCCUUCAGGAAGGACUUGAAAUCAAACUCAGCGCAGUUCACAUGCCCAAUUUGCAAGAACGUUUUCAAAAGUGACAUGUCCCUUUCGACGCACGUUGCUAGCCAGCACACCUCUUCUUCGUGCUUCCAAUGUCCUGGGUGCGAGUCAAAGUACUUGACAUCUCGCCGGCUGAUAAUGCACCUGAAACGGUGCAAAAAGAUCAAAUUUGUACCUUUCUCGCCUGGCAGCGAUGCAUCCAAACUGUUGACUCCCUCUCAACUGGUAGCGUCCAAAAGUCAUUUCGCUGACAGGAAAAAGCGGCUCAAAUGCGACUUCUGCCCGAAGUUGUUCAUCCAAAAUAAGCGCAGGCUCAAACACAUGCUCACUCACAAGAAAACCAACUUUGCGUCCGCUGCGGAGCGUGAUCCUUCUCCUCAGCGCUCACUGACUCCAACUGAAGAACCUGCCAGUUUAGACCCUGUGCUCUCUGAAGAUCAUGAGAUAUCUGCUGACCCUGAGUUAUCUGCAGACCCUGAAGCUCCUGCAGACCACGAAAUUCGUGAAGAUCCUAUCUUCCCAUUUGAAAUGGAUUAUUCCAUGAGCCAAGACGAAGAAACUGACGUAACACAGACAGAAUCAGAAUCGGAUACAGAUAAUUGGACCACUGAAAGCGUCUUUACUAAGAACAAAAGGCGCCACAAAUGCGACCACUGUCCUAAAACGUUUGUUUACAAGAAGCGCAAACUCAGGCACAUGCGCACUCACGAAGCAACCACUUCAGAGCGUGAUCACUCACCUUGUAUUCCAUCUCCAUGCAAGGACGCCGAGGACCCCGUUCACCCUGAGGUUCCUGCGAAUCCUGAUCUGUCCCUAGAACCUGAGGUUCCCUUAGACCAAGAAGCAAACCUCACACUGCCAGACUCACCGCCAGAAACAGAGGAAUUGCAGGAACGUGUGGUUUCAAAUGGCGUAAGUCAAAGCAGCUCAGAAAAAAUCGUAAAACGUUUUAAGUGCGACUAUUGCUCGAAAAUGUUUGCAUACAACAAGCGCAGACUCACGCACAUGCGCAAGCACCAAGCAGCAAGCGUCAAGUCCGCUUUGGAGCGCGAACCCUCGCCUCUGCGCUCGCAGCCUGCUACAGAUGACUUUGAGGUCUCCAAAGAUCACGAAAUCUCUGCAGACCCAGAAGUAGCUCAAACCCCUGAGUCACCUGAGGAUCCUGUGGUCUUUUCAGACCCUGGUAUCUCUCAAGAACCUAAGUUACCAGAAGAUGCUGAGGUCUCUGCAGACCAUCCUGUCUCAGAAGAUCUUGGAGUGCCUGAAGACGCCAUGCCCGCUGAGACGCUUCCCUUAGACCCUGAGCUUCCCCUAGACCCUGAAUUUCCCACGGACCAAGAUGAGGAGCAACACACUGACGUGGCGCGUCCGGAAUCUCCUGUGGGAAUUGUGAGGUUACAGGAACUCUUGGGUGUAAAGAAUCCGAGCCCUGAGAAAGAAUUAUGCUUGUAUCACUGCGACUUUUGCCUGAAAGUGUUCACUAACGAGAAGCAACGUGAUGUGCACAUGCGCGUUCACGCCGAGCUCUCUCCUGAGCGGGAAUCCUCGCCUCAGCAACCGAUGUUUUCAUCAGAAGACUAUGAAGUUCCUGAAGAAGUUGAGUCUUUGGCUGAACCUGAGGUAUCUGCAAAUCCUGAAGCCUCUGCUGAUUGGGAUUCAUCCAUGGACCAAGGUGAAGAGCAAGAAACUGGUUGGCCACAGCCAAGAUCACCGCAGGAAGUAGAAGGAUUAGAUUUGGGCGAAGACACAGAAAACGUUGUUCCUUUUCAAAAGAGAAAGCGCUAUAAGUGCAGCUACUGCCCGAGGGUAUUCAUCCAGAAAAGCCGCAAACGCGCGCACAUGCGCACUCACAUGCGCACUCACGAAAUUGUUCCUGCCAUCCCGACACGCGAUCAUUUGCCUCGCGCCAAAGAUCCUGCCAAUGAGAUCCAUCCAGACCCUGAGGUCUCUGAAGAUCCCGACGAGUCUCUCAACCGAGGUGAGGAUCUCCCGCCGGAAACGGAAGGUUUCAAUGGUGCCACUGCAUCAAAAAGGAUUCCCUCUUCGAGAGGCAAACGGUACAAAUGUAACUUCUGCCCAAGAGAGUUCAUCUACAACAAGCGAAGGCUCACUCACAUGCUCAGCCACAAGGAAGCCACUGCCAAGCCUCCUUUGGAGUGCGACCCGUCUCCUCUGCGUCCCGAAGAUCCUGAUGCCCCCAAAGAUCCUGAAAUCUCUGAAGACCCUGAUGCCUCCAAGAAUCCCGAAAUCUCCCAAGAUGUUGAUGCCCCCAAAGAUCCUGAAAUCUCUGUUGACCCUGAAAUCUCCAAAGACUCUGAUGCCCCCGAAUACCCUGAAAUCUCCGAAGAUGCUGAUGCUUCUAAAGAUUCAGAAGUUUUUGAAGACCCUGCUGUCUCUGAAGACCCUGCUGUCUCUGAAGACUCUGCUGUCUCUGAAGACUCUGCUGUCUCUGAAGACCUUGACGUGUCUGCGAAAAGUCCAGAGAAACUGUACGCUUGCAAUCUGUGCCCAAAAGUGUUUACUCAUCCCAUGGGACUGAGAGCUCACACCAAAUUCAUGCACCAGGUGGUCACAACCAAAAGUACUGACAGUAGCCAGAUCCAAUGUAAGCUCUGUCCGAAAACCUUUAAGAACAAAAGCAACCUGGUUGGUCACACUAGGUUUGAGCACAAAUGGAAAUACAAGUGCGAAGUGUGUUCAGAAUCAUUCCAGUCCAAGCUCCUGCUGACCAACCACAUGAAGAGUCUGCACUUGAUCGAACCGGCCGUCAGGCAGCAGCGGGUGUUCGAAUGCGACACUUGUGCGAGAACCUUCACUCAUCGCAUCGGCUUAAUUGCCCACCUCAGGGUGCCGCAUUCGCUGCAACCACCGCUGCCCCCACCGCACCCGGUCCAGCCUGGAUCGCCUCUUGAGAAGACGGAGACUGCCUUCCAGUGCAAACUGUGUUCUAAGUCAUUCAAUAGCAAAGUAAGCUUGAUCGCGCACUCGCGAAUUCCGCACAAGAAGCAGGCCCCCGCGGACAACGACCACGGCUACCGCUGCAAAAUGUGCAUGAAAGUGUUCAAGUACAAAAAGCGGUACUUGGCUCACACAAAAUUCAGCUGCAAUCACGCUCGAGAGGUUCCAAGGGUCUUGUGCAAUAUCUGCCAGCAGAGUUUCGAGCAUCCGUUGCACUUGAAGGAGCACAUGAAGUCGGUGCAUCAAGUCCAGCCAGACAAAGAGUACAAAUGCCAGAUCUGCUCGCUGUACUGUGCGACCUUCUUCCAUCUGUCCAACCACAUGCGCAACAACCACAAAAACAGCCAACCGGAUCCACCCGUCGAAGAGGCCGAGACGCGCACUGAGCCAGAGGACGACGAAGUGCAAGUAAUCGGCCCGGUCAGGAGUGCGGAGGCGGCGAAGACGUUCAACAAGCCGAGAGACCCUCGCUCGAACGCUGUGAUCGCGGUCAAAGUACGCUUCCACAUCUGCAAACUCUGCAAAAUAUCCUUUCCGAACCAAGCCGACUUCGUGAAGCACUUCUCCGACAACCCGCGCUGCUCCUCCUGUCCCGCCUGCUACAAAUGUUUCGCAACCCUGGCCUCGUCCAAAGAACACGUGUCCGAGUGCUACUCGAUAACGCCAGAAAUGCAAGAGCAGUACCUGAUCGACGUCGAGCCAAACGUGCAAAGGAUGGCUUGGUACUGCAAGAUGUGCACGAACCUGUUGAAGACGCCCGCCGAGGUGAGGCAGCACCUGACGUCCAGCGUCUACUGCCCUGGCGCUGUGACCAAACUCGAGCCCGGCGCCACCCCCCAGCUAGUGACGGCGUCCUCCUCGGGCGAAUACGGGGGGCGGCGUAGCGCGGCCAUGAGCGUCACCUGGGUGGACACCAGCAACAAGUACUGCGUCAUGUGCCUCGACUGCGACAGGUGCAUCAUGCAGGUCGAGGACGUGUCGGAAAUGACGGAGAAGAGAAUCGACGACUGCAAAAAGGAGCACUCCUGCCAAGGCUUCCUGUGCAGUUUGUGCCACGUGGUGUUCUACCUGAGGAGUCGAUUCGAGGACCAUGUCAAAGCUCACAACAGCGCAAAGAAGCAGGUCAAUGGAUCGUGGAACCCGCCGAGGUAAAGCCCUUUAAGUUCAAGCAUGUGUCAGAAGAUACUUGUAAGCAAGCAUUUACGCACAAUUAUUUUGAUUCUUUAUCACGUGGCUUUUGAGAUGUGCCAUAGUUUUGUUGCCGUUCUGAGCGCUUAAAUCUAAAUAAAUCAUUAAUAUACUUAAUGUUGAAGAGACGCAUAAUUAUACUUCAGUGAAA